CAGGAUAGGUAAAACUUCACUUUAUUUUUUUUUACAUCUCCGACUUGCUUUCAAAACGAAAUGGCUGCGACUUCUUGCUUUUUCUUUUUUCUUCUCGCUCGCUUUUAUUUGACAGAUUAUCUAGUAUUAGAUAAAGGAAAUCUAUCUUACCUCUAUUAUCUUUUAUCCAAAAAAACUCUUUUUUAUUUUUCUCCCUUCCCCCUUUUCAUGUCUCUUGAUUCUCAUACUGAAACCAACGAAUUGAUUACUACUGAUAUUGAACAAACAAAAACGACUGAUAGUACAUUACCAAACUUAAAACAAUCAACUCAACAUGAACCAACAUAUAUUCACCAACUCUCUAUUGAACUGGUCGCUCAUAUAUUCGCCAGAUUGGAUCCUACCAGCUUAACUACUGUGGCAAAAACAUGUCGAUAUUGGAGACAUAUAGUUAUGGACGAUGUUUGUUGGAAGAAUGCGUUCUUGUCUUAUUUCGGUCAGUUACCUUAUAAAAGAAUACGAACAGAUAGUUGGAAAUCAGAAUAUAUUCUUCGAACUCAUUUGCUCAGAAAAUGGGAAAAGGGACGUGGGACAUUGAUGACAUUCAACCCAAAAAUUGGAUCCAUUGAUCGUAUUUUCGUUGAUUUUGAAAACAGUUUUAUGAUGGCUGCAAGCAAGGAACAAGGUGUGGCUGUCAAAUGUAAUCCUUCUACUGGAAAAUUAGACCGCCAUUUACUCUAUAGUACUGAUGAAGGCAUGCCAACUCAAGUGAGUGCAAUAAAAAUGGACAGUAAUCGCGUCUUAUGGGGGUUUUCACCUGGUUACAUCACUAUGACAACAAGGGCAAAAACAUUGGUUCGAAGACAACUCAAGGUAUUUUCCGACUUUCAUCAAGGUGCUGUGCGUGUAUUAUGUAUGCCACCUUUUGCUCCUGAUAUUGUAUUGAGUGGAGGUGAUGAUGGUAUGGUGAAGAUUUGGAAUGUAAAUACUGGAUUAUCGAUAUCUGAUCUUUAUGGAUCAACAAGCUCACCUACUGCUCUUGAAGCUACUUCGGAUCAUCAUGUUAUUGCUGGAUAUACCAAUGGAACCAUUGUGAUUUGGGACAUACAACUAGGAAAGUUAAUUAAUCAGCAUCGUCAACAACAACAUAGUGAUGAUGAUGAUGAUGAAAUGACAACUACUAGACGACUCAUUCAUGCUCCACUGAUCGAUAAAGAAAUUUCUGUUCAAUCCAUUCAUUAUGAUACAGUGACUCAAUCUUUCUUGGUCGCUUACAACGAAUUGAGCAAACUCUAUCAAUAUAAUGUCAACAAUGGUCAACUUGUAGCAAUAUUUGGCGGAGGAGAUCAAUUAGUGGAAGGACAUAGUCUAGGUACCAUUUGUGCAGUGACUUUGGAUAUUGAAUCAUCUUUAGGUUUUACGGAUGAGACUACAUUGGACUCUCGAAUGACGUCAAACAAGAAUAGCCAACGUCAAGGAUACAAGAAACAAUACAGCUCUUUGUAUAGUCCUGCUUCUUUGGGAUCUGGUACGACCUCUCCUACAACAACAUCAUCAUCAUAUGAACGAUUGGUAGCCACAGGUGAUACUUUUGGAACCAUUUGUUUAUGGUGUUUAGAUAGAGAGAUUGAAUGUGACAAGUUGAAAGUGGUGCGACCUUUACGACAAUUCCAUGGUCAUCAAUCUCCUAUUAGUGUGAUUCACUUGGAUGCAUUCAAAAUUGUCAGUGGUGCAGAUGAUGGUUGGAUUCGGGUGUGGGAUCCUUUGACUGGUGAACUACUUCAAGUUAUUGGCAACAAAAUUCCUCGUCAUGCUCCUGUAGAUAGGUCAGAUGUAUCUGUGAUGCGUGUCAAGAAUCUGGUAUGUGAUGAAUAUAGAGGAGUGGCUACCAUUGGACAUCAAAUCAAAUCAUGGGAUUUCUCAAGUCAAUAUUUACUUAAUCGACGAACUCUUCGAGGUAAAGCCAAGGCACCAUCACCAGCGAUCCGUGAUGAAUUACAUUAUGAAAUCAAACAAGAGGUCAAGGCUUCUCAACUAGUUUUAGCUCAGGAAAAGAAACAACAAGAAUUGGCAGCAAAGGAAAUGGAAAAAUGGACUAUGGGUGGAUUAUCGGAUGAAGAAAUAAUGGCUUAUGCAAUGAUGAUCUCUCAAGAACCAAACAACAUUACAACAGCUUCAUCACCAUCACCAUCUUAUCUGGAAAAUGGUCAUACAAAUGAUAAUUAUGAUGAAGAUGAAGCUUUAUUACAAGCAGUGAUGGCAAGUUUGGAAAUGUCAGAUCCUCCUUCUUCUUUAUGUGAUCAAGCCUCUUCUAUUACUACUACUACUUCUACCACCACUACUACUACUAUGGGGAUACCUCAACUAGACGCUGAUAUGGAAUGGCCAACCAUCGAAGAAAGUCAUAGUACUACUGCAACGACGCAUAAUGGCAACGGAUCAACUUGGAAUGAUGAAGACGAUGAAGAACUCCAAUAUGUACUCAAAUUAAGCCGUGGUGAAAUAUAGAUUAUUAGUGUAGAAAUUUUUUUAUUUUUAUUUUUGUUCUUUGACAUGAAAGGAAGGG